AUGGCGACCACUGUCCAGAUCACCGCCGCGCAGAAGGUCGCAGACCACGAGCUGGAGGAGAAAUUGGGCCACAAUGCCAUUCUGGAAGCCAAACAGGCCACCGACGAUGAGCACGCUCAAACCCUCUGGCAGGCCUUGAGAGAGAACCGCAAGGCAGUGUUCUGGUCAAUCUUGAUCUCGAUGACAAUCAUCAUGGAAGGAUACGACACGAUCCUCAUGGGCACCUUCUUUGCCUAUCCGGAGUUCCAGAAGAAGUUCGGAGACUAUUACGGCCCUGAACUUGGUUGGCAGGUGUCCGGCCCGUGGCAAACUGCCUUGAACCAAGGCAGCACAAUUGGAGCUGUAUUUGGCGGAAUGAUCAAUGGAUACAUCGCUUCAAAGUACGGCUACAGAUGGGUCAUGAUUGGCUCACUGGGGCUCCUCAAUGCCUUCAUCUUCGUCGUCUUUUUCGCCCCCGGCCCGGAGGUGCUCAUGGUUGGCCAGAUCCUCUGUGGUCUAUGCUGGGGUGUCUUCGCAACACUGGCUCCGGCCUAUGCGUCUGAGGUCGCUCCCACGAACCUGCGUGGUUACAUGACGACAUACGUCAACCUGUGCUGGGCCAUUGGUCAACUUGUGGCUGCCGGUGUGUUGACAGGAUGUCUUGACAUCAAAGGGAACCUGGGCUACCAGAUUCCCUUUGCCAUCCAAUGGUUAUGGCCUACUCCUCUCAUGAUUGUUGCCUACCUAUCGCCCGAAAGUCCCUGGUGGCUAGUCCGCACCGAGCGCCUCGAGCAAGCGAGACACUCGAUCAAGCGGCUCAGUGGGAACAAGACAGAGGAGCAGAUGAACAACCAGCUCGCCAUGAUGAUCCACACGACCAAGCUGGAGGCUGAAGAGACGAAGGGCGGCACGUAUCUGGACUGCUUCAAGGGCGUCAACUUGCGCCGAACUGAGAUUGUCUGCAUGGCACUUGCGGGCCAGAUCCUGUCCGGAAGUAGCUUCGCCUACACCCCAACCUAUUUCUUUACUACUGCCGGCCUGGACACUGCUCAGUCGUUCAACCUGAGUCUGGGUGCCAAGGCAAUAGCCUUCAUCGGAACUAUCCUGUCGUGGUGGUUGAUCACAUACUGGGGCCGGCGACCUCUGUACAUUGGCGGCAUGGGGCUCCUCAGCGCCAUCCUACUCAUCAUCGGCAUAUUGGAUGUGUCAGCGGGCGAUAAAGGCCUCUGGCCUUCAGGUGGACUCUGCGUGCUUUGGCUGUUCAUCUACUCGUUGACCAUCGGUCCACUGGCUUACAGUUACAUCUCGGAGACGUCGUCGGUCCGCCUCAGACCGCUCUCUGUGGUGCUCGCGCGGACGUCGUAUCAGCUCGUCAACAUCAUCUCGCAAUUUCUAAAUGCGUACAUGAUCAACCCGACCGAGUGGAACUGGAGCGGAAAGUCGGGAUUCUUCUGGGGAGGCACCGCAUUCGUCGUCUUCGUAUGGUCGUAUUUCCGGCUGCCGGAGGUCAAGGGUCGUACGUACGAAGAGCUCGACAUCUUAUUCUCCAUGCGGAUCCCUGCCAGUAAGUUCUCGACGACCCACGUCGACCCUUACGCGGCGGCGACGUCGGAGGAUGCGAUGGAGGUCGAGCACAAGGAGUCGCAUUAG